UGGUUGUUCUUGCUGUGGAUAGCUGAAACACGCCAGUGCUGCUGCACAGGCAUAAGACCCCCAUCAUAAUGUUGAAAAAUCAGCGAAAACCUGUAUUGUAUUUCCUUCAACAAUACUUCAUGAUCACAUAUCAAGAUCCGAAAUCAAACGAAACACCCGUGCAGUAUACUCUGUCACCAACAGCCAAGACAUGCCAGGCAUAUAAGCUAACUUAUUGAUGUGUGCCACGCUAACCAGAAGCAGAUAAAGCAACACUCUCUUAUGGAGGUUAGCAAAUGGGAUUCUUGCUGUCGGCUGCUCUGUUCAUCAUGCCAUUGCUGCUGCCUCUCAGAUAUAUAUACAGGGAGAACCCCAAGGCUUCAGCACCAACAAACUGCAGGUCAUCUUGACUACCAUUCUCUUCCAUUUCUCCACAGAAGAAAACGGCACCAAAGCUUCAAUCUCCAAGCAUGGCUUACCAUCUACGAUCGGCAAGCGCGCCUUCGAGCCCUCGCUCGCACAAAACAGAAGUCAAGCAGCAGCUCCAGAGCCUGAGCACAACCAUUUCUUCGCCCUUGGCGACCAUCGACACGAUGCGCGAUGGCUUGAGGAGGCUGGCAACCAUCUACAACUGCAUUGAGAAGAUGGUGUGCACACCCAGCAGCCAAGUCAGCCUUUGCCAAACCCUGCAAAGGGCGGCAGUUGAGGCAGAGCUUGGACGAUCCCUCGUCUUGCUCGAUCUCUGCAACGCCAUGCAGGAGAGCUUCAGGGAAUUGAAGAUGACUGUCCAAGAGCUUGUUCUCAAAAGAGGAGAAAAUGCGUCUGCUCAACUCAAGGUGUACAUCCGUCUCGCCAAGAAGGCACAAAAGCAGUUCAAGAAAAUCAGCAAGAAGACUGCUUCUGACAAGGACUGUAGGGUGGUGAUGCUGCUGGCAGAAGCAAGAGAGAUCACUAUAUUACUACUCGAAUGCACAUCCUGCCUCCUGGCGAAGCAAAUUGAGAUGCCCAAGUGGUCUCUUGUCUCAAACACAUUGCAGAAGAGCAGAGUCGUCUGCGAAGAGGAGCAACUGCAGGCACUAGAGUGCAGUAUCGGAGAUCUUGAGAGCGGAGUGGAACUUCUUUACAGGAGAUUGAUCAAGAAUAGAGUUUGCCUUCUGAAUGCUCUUAGCUCAUCCUCAUAGAUACCCUGAGUUAUAGUUCC